GGUUAUCAUGCAUCAUCAGUACACGAUCUCAACAGUGCUUCAUCAUCAUCUGCAGCUGCAGUUGCAGUUGCAGCAUCUCAACAACAUCCAUCAACAACCCCCGAUAGCCACCCUUUAGUCUUGGGCGGGGUGCCCCCUCUGACGGCUGGGGGCACCCAAACGUCCAUAUCGCUAACAGCCGUCAGUAGUCCUUCAGGAAGUUCAUCAGCGGGUGGUCAACGACUUGAUUCAACGCCACAUUCGGUGGAAACACCAAAUCAAUUGCUUACCGCUCAACAACAAGAUAAUGUUUCCGACACAGGUAGCAAAAGUUCGGGCUCAUAUUCAUCCUCUAUUACCUCAUUCUGUCGUUUUGGUCAACAUCAGCAAUUAUCAAACGGAACUAUUAACGAUUACUGUACUGACAGUAUGCCUAAACAAUAUCAGCAUAAGCAUGAAAAUCACGACACAACAUUAACACCUUUAUCAUUAUCAACUGAUAAUGGAAAUAUUGCUUUCACUACUAUUACUAAUGCCAAUACUACUACUAUUAUUAUCACCACCACCACAACUACCAUCACCAGCACUGUCACCACUGCUGCUACUACUACCACUACGUCAUCGGUAUUAAUGAUGUCGCUAACAAAGAAACGUGGAAUUUUCCCAAAGCCAGCGACAAAUAUUAUGAGAGCUUGGCUUUUUCAUCAUUUAACGUACUCUUUCAGUUUAAUUUUAAUUUUUCGCCUUCUAAAUAUUCUUGCUACACGUGUAAACUUAAGUGAUGAAUCGUUAUCGAUGUGCGGUUCGUUAAAUGAUGAUGGCGGGAGGGAAUCGGUUCUAAGCGAAGGAAAUACCGGAAGCGGUGGUGGUUCAGCAACCGGUGCAAAUAAACGAAAAGUACCAAAGAUCAUGGUUAAUGUUCAUAGGUAA